AUGGAUAAACCUCAUGAGGAAUCACAAGAAACGAAACUGAUACUGGCUGAGAUUUAUGCAAUGAUCAAUGAAGUGCCAUCUAUUGUGUGCUUUCCUGAGACUAAUAAACUUUCUGAUUUCCUUCAUAAGAUUGACGGAGUCAAGUCUAAAGUAAGAGACUUGUAUGUUGUCAGUUCUUUUGCUUCACAAUUUGAUUCUCCAAGGACUAAUUCAAUCGGAUUCCUUGAUACCCUCUUAGAAGAUCUACACAAUAUGCUGGAAAGAGGGGUGGAGUUUAUCCCUUCGGUAAAAAAUCGCGUUAUAGGCGUCCAUGAUGGCCUUUCAUUGCUAAGGCCAUUUCUCCAAUAUGACUUGGAGCUACAAAGUGAGGACAAUAAAUUUAGAAAUCUACAGACGCGGAUCGUCAAUGUUAUAAAUUUUGCUACAUAUGUUAUAAAGUUGUGCGCAACCAUGAGUUUUUCUGUUUGGUUUGGUAUUAUAUGCCUACCGAUUGUCCUGCAAGACAUAAAGCUUGUAAAAUGUGGCAUUGAAGAGAUUGAAGAUGACCUUUGCUUGUACAGAAGCAAAAAGCUCACUACUGAGAUGGAGGUAGAGUCUAAUAGUUCUUCGUUACCUCGUGGCAUAACUUCCAAUCAUGAAGGAGCUUUAAUAGGAUUCAGGGAGGAUGCAAAAUCAAUAUUGAAUCAUCUUCUAGGAGGAGAAAAAGCUCUCACUAUCAUUUCCAUUUCUGGGAUGCCUGGCCAAGGCAAGACCACAUUGGCCAAAAGGAUUUUUCAUGAUCCUUCCAUUCGGUAUCAUUUUCACAAAACCGCUUGGUGUUUUGUGGGAAAAGAAUGUAAAAUGAAAGAAUUAAUGGCCAGCAUCUUAUGGUUUGAUAUUGACAAGAAGGAUCAGGAGAAAUGGGAAAUCCAAGAGUUGGCCAACUGUCUGCGGAAAAGCUUGAAGGGGAAAAGAUAUUUCGUAGUUUUGGAUGACAUAUGGGAUGUUGAUAUGUGGCGCCAAGUGGAAGAAUCGUUUCCAGAUGAUAGAAAUGGAAGCCGCAUCUUGUUUACAAGUCGGAAUCAUGAUCUUGCAUUACAAUCAAAGCCGAAUUCAGUCUCUCAUAGUCUUCCCUUAUUUUCUGAUGAGGAAAGUUUGGAAUUGGCAAAAGAUAUACUUUCUUAUCAUGAUGGUUUUCCCUCGAAACUUUUAGAGGUAGGAAGAGAAAUUGCAAUACGUUGCAAAGGGUUACCUUUGGCGGUAGCCCUCAUUGCUUCUUACCUCAAAUGCAUACCACAAGAAUUGGAUUUGUGGAUGAAAGUAGCAAAGAAUUUGAAAUCACAUCUCGCAAGUGAAGGGUGUAUGCAGAUAAUCGAGCAUAGUUAUAAGAAUUUGCCAAUUCAUUUAAAACCAUGCCUUUUAUAUUUUGGAGCUUUUCCUCGAGGCGCAAUAGUUUAUGCCGGAGUUUUGAUGCAUCAUUGGAUUGCCCAAGGAUGGAUACUUAGAAAUGAGCAGGAGAGCUCAAAAGAUUUGGCAAGACAAUACUUGGAUUAUCUGGUUUCACAAAAUUUAGUUAUUGUCAUUCAAAGAGGUUCAAUGGGGACGAUAAAGCGUUGUAUGGUCCACGAUCUUAUAUAUGACUUGUGCUUGCAGAAAACCCUUGAAGAUAAUUUGUUACAGUUGGUAGACUGUCGUGCUAUUCCUCAGGAGUAUAAUCAUCACCAGCGUUGGCUUUCCAUCCGUUACAAUUGGUUAAAUUUGACCCAACUGAGAUUUAGCUCUACCAACAAAAACAAACUACCAACUAAUCAGGUUUAUUCUUUACACUGGUGUGAUUUUGUACCAACAAAUUAUAAGAUCGUGUGUGACUUUUUGAGCAAUUUUAGAGUUCUUACGAUAUUGGACACAAUCAAUAUGCGUUUGGGAGACUCUACAGUUCCUGAAAUAAUAUUGAUCAAUAUUCAUUUGAGAUACUUGGCCUUACGUGGUUCGUUUCGUUUCAUUCCAAGGUCAUUAGCUACAUUGUGGAACUUGGAGACACUUGUUAUAUUUGCAGAAAGUUAUAUUUUGCAGCUGCCAAAUUUCUUAUGGGAGAUCAAAAGUUUACGCUCAUUGCGUGUUGAGAAAUCUUGUACUGACUUCGAUGGUUUUCGACGAAAUCCAUCCACAAUGGCCGCAGCAAGUAAUGUCCACACACUUAGCGGAGUGAUUAUUUCUUACAAUGUUGAGAUGCUUGAGUUUCUAAGAAGUUUAUCAAGGCUAAGGAAGUUAGAUUGCUACUAUGAUACAGAGUUACAUCCAAAGUGGUUAUCCAUGUUUGGAUCAUUGAGAAAACUGGAGAGCUUAAAGAUUGAUAGGCACAUCUCAUUUGAUGCGAUUCCCGAUUGCCGGAAAAAUGGAAGAACUAACCUUCCUAACUUCCCUGAUACUCUUAAGAAGUUGUGUUUGUGGCAUAUCGGACUACCUUGGAAGGCGAUGUCGGUUAUUGGGAAGUUACCUAACCUUCAAGUUCUCAAAUUAUGGUGGGAUGCCUUCGAGGGAACUACUUGGGAUUUGGGAGAGGGGGAAUUCUCAAGCCUCAGACUUGAGGAAGUUCCUUCUAGCUUUGGAGACAUUUGUACCUUGAAGACCAUUAAUCUUAUUUCAUCUCCUAAAGUGUUAGACUCAAUGCGGGCGAUUGAGCGACAACAAAGAGAAGUUGGAAACCAUGACUUUCAUUUGUUCGUCUCAGACCAUGAUGACUAUGAUAGGUAUUCAUAG